CCCCCGGCACCCGGCUUGGGCCAGUCGUCGCUGGCGAUCUUGUCCGCCUCGCCCUCGUCCAUUUUUCCUCAGCCGUGCUGUCCAAACUGAUGCAUCGUGUCCACAACUCGACAGCUGGCCCGUACCUGACCAUUUGCUCUCUCGUCGCCUUCCCGCUCACUUUCCCAUCUGCUCAUACCUGAUUCCCCCUCUUCCGUCUCAUCGUUAUUCUCGACUGCAGCGCAUGCUCCCAUGCUCAGCCAGCUACCCCACAUCGGCGGCGCUGACUGUGAAUCAAAACCAGGAACGCAGCCGGAUGCAGGUACUUUCCUCAGGUCGACACGUACCGAUCCGCCCCUCUCUCGACCCCGUCGCAUAUGCUCGCGCUCUCUCUCGCAAUGGUAAACAAGCCAGAGUGCCAGCCACUCGACGCCACGAUCUGUUGUGUGUCGUACAUCACCAUUGCAUCAAAGCCCCCGCGGAACGGCUGGUUUCAUCACCAUGGGGGGUUGCUUCCCGCAAUAUUUCCGCGAAUGCGCAUCCUUCCGUUGCCUCUGCAUCAGCUAGCGCUGCAACCCGGCUUGCAUCCAAGGCUCACGGCAAGUCUAGCGACGCCUUUGUGGUUGUGCGAUGCUGGGCUGCAGACAGUGUGCCAUGCACGAGCCGAUCAAGCGGCCCCUUGAUGUCCCAGGGCUGUGACUUUUUAGUGGAGCAGAACGCUCUAGACCAGCCGAUCGUCGUGUCCGGCAUUCUGUGCCAAGCCUGCUGAGCGACAAGGGGAGGGGUUCGGCAGGUUGGUUCCAGCCGGACUGUCCUGCCGUCGUUCGUGCUGCUGGGAGAUCGGCACCAACUCGGAGGACCAUGCCGACGACACGCUGCUCUUCGACGAUGGCGGUUGACGCACAGCACAUGGGCAACUUUCCAAUCUGCAUGGGGGAGAAAUAUAGGACGAUCAGGCACGGGACGUCAGGGAUGCAGUAUCACAUGGCAUUGGCGACCAGAGAUCCAACACGCCGCUCCGUCCCCUUGCGAUCCUCUGAGAC